CCGAACCGUCACACUCUCGCUGAGCGCCCAGUUGGAAUACCCGUCUACGCGCUGCUGCUGCUCUCCCUCUCCCCGUCCCUCGUCCCUCGUCCGCUGCGUGUCCUCCGUCCGAGCUGCCCGCCCCGGUCCCUCUGAUCCUAGCCCACCUGCCCCACGGUGUCUGCCAUUGCCCAGGAUACCCAAGCUCCGGUAUAAAGAUUCCUGUUGAUCUCCCGUCUGCGAACUUUUGUCUCAGGACCACAAGAGUAGUCGAGCUCAAAAGUUCGUUCAAGGCCGACCCUUCAGCGCCAGCAGAAACACCAUUAUUCAUCCACGGGAGCGCCUCGGCGUCAAGCCGAUAACAAACACCCUUUCUUCCCUCUCCCGCCCUUCUUCACUAUAAUCUACCCCCCGAGAGACAUGUCGGGAUAUCAAGGUGGUCCUGGCUACCAGGGGGGAUAUGGAGGUCCACCACCACCACAGCAGUAUUCGCCCCAGCCAAACUACUACCCACCUCACGGCUAUGGUCCACCACCCCCUCAAGGUGGUUACGGCUAUCAGCAACCUCCCCCUCCCCCGCAACCAUAUGGAUACUCUCAUCCCCCUCCACAACAAUAUGGUGGCUAUGAUGGUCGACCGCACAAUGCGCAGCAAUUCAACCGACCAGGAAUGCCCUCAGUCCAGUCCAACGCCUACGUGAAUGGCAACCCCCAGGCCCCCGCCCCGCCCCCUCAAACACCACAAGCAUUUGGAGGUGGUGCGCCCCAAAGCUAUGCUUUCCAAUAUUCAGCCUGUACUGGGAAGCGAAAGGCGCUUCUGAUCGGAAUCAACUACUUUGGACAGAGAGGACAACUACGGGGAUGCAUCAACGAUGUGAAGAACAUGUCCGCUUUUCUGAACCAGAAUUUUGGCUACCAACGAGAUGACAUGGUCAUUCUCACGGACGAUCAGCAAAACCCGAUGAGUCAGCCGACAAAGCAGAACAUACUGCGCGCAAUGCAUUGGCUAGUGAAAGAUGCUCAGCCAAAUGAUUCCCUCUUCUUCCACUAUUCUGGUCACGGAGGUCAAACCAAGGACCUCGACGGAGACGAAGAGGAUGGGUACGACGAGGUCAUCUACCCUGUAGAUUUCCGCCAAGUCGGGCAUAUUGUCGAUGAUGAGAUGCACAGAAUCAUGGUUCGGCCAUUACAACCCGGUGUGCGACUGACCGCAAUCUUCGAUUCUUGUCAUUCAGGAACCGCGCUCGACCUGCCGUACAUUUACUCCACCCAAGGUGUUCUCAAGGAGCCGAACCUUGCAAAGGAGGCCGGACUUGGUCUUCUCAGUGCUAUCUCUUCUUAUAGCCAUGGUGAUCUCAGCGGUGUUGCGAACAACCUAUUUGGAUUCUUCAAGAAAGCAACAUCUGGUGAUGAUGCAUAUAACAGAAGCCUUGCGACUAAGACAUCGCCAGCCGAUGUUAUCAUGUGGUCUGGUAGCAAGGACGACCAAACUUCGGCCGACGCAACCAUCGCCGCCCAAGCCACCGGCGCCAUGUCCUGGGCCUUCAUCACCGCCAUGAAGAAGAACCCUCAGCAGAGCUACGUCCAACUGCUCAACAGCAUCCGUGACGAGCUCGCUACCAAGUACACCCAGAAACCACAGCUGAGUUGCAGUCAUCCACUGAACACCAACCUCCUCUUCGUCAUGUAAAUUAGAAAAGAAAGAAAUUAUUCCUCAUCAUACUCGGCGUUUCUUGUGCAUAUCAUAUCAUAUCAUAUCCAUAUCCAUAUCCGGG